AUGCUGUCUGGGCCGGCGUCGCAUAUUCGUGUUUCCACUGUUCAUACCAGUACUCAGAUUGGUGAGAAUGGCUGCGAAUCGAAACGUCCGAACUUGAUCUUGACUGCGAUUUCUGGAGUUGAGUGGCAGGACCAACUGGUUAUCUUCCUCAACUCUCUCGAAGCUUCACUCGGUCGUGAAACGCUUCUUGCCAGUCAGCAGCACACGUGUCCUCCAGCUCCUGUUCACGUCAAGAUCACCGUCCCGGGGGCAAUCGCCAAGGAUCUUCCAAAGGGGUUUCAGGAGAUUGUAAGGAGGUUUCCUUUUGUCGACUUCGUGGGGCCUGAUGAGAACGUACACGGACAAUGGGCCCCUCUCGUCUUCUGGAGGUUCGGGGCAUGGGCAGCUUUGCUUGGACACGCCGGUGAUCCUCAGUCCCUCGCCGUAAAGUACGACAAAGCCCUUGUCAUCGACCUCGACAGUGUCUUCCAGCGAAACCCCUUCGACAUGCCACUCAAGCAUGGCAGCUCCCUCGCCUACUUCGCCGAAUGGACAGGUCUGCGUAUUGGACAGUGCAAGUACCAUUUGAGAUGGUUCGACGAAUGCGAAAAGGCCAAGGGCGGACCGUAUAUCACGCAACAGCAGAUCGACGACUUAGGAGACUUCGAGAGGAUCUGUGCUGGUUCGGUGUAUGGAACGGCGAAGGCUAUGUCUGUAUAUCUACAGACAAUGGCGAUGACGUUGUUGGAUUCGCAUUUCCGAUGCAAUGAUCAGGCGUUGCACAUCCAUCUGUUUUACUCAGGGCUCAUGAGCCAUAAAUUCAAGGAUGCUGGCGUUGGGUCUUUGUGGUUAGUUCCAAAUAACGAGUCCCUGCUCGGCACAGUUGGUACAACUCCUAUAGUACGCUUCAACGUCUGGGGUGAGAUGCUGAACGACGUCGGUGAUGUUCAAACUGUCAUCCAUCAGUACAAGCACCAUCCUCGUCUACGAGAUCUUGUUGAGAAGAAGUACGGGGAGGUCGUCGAUGUCGGGAGGACGGAUAUCCCGGACAUGCCUACGAUGCAACGGGAGCUAGACUCCAUCGGUUUGACAAGACCUCGUUGGGUGAUGAACGCUACGAGUGAGUUCUGCGAGGGGUUCCCACGCGCGAUGUGUUCCUGUGCGAAAGAUUCGUGUCAGGUUGGGUAUAAUGACUACUGGUACUGA